ACGGGAGAAUGGCACGAGCAGGGCGACCGGCGCUGUCCCUCAUCCACACUGGCUUCCUGUUGGCCAUGGUCGUGUUACCAGAGUUCCUGGGGGCCGUUCCACUGGAGCAGCACAAGGACGAGGAAGUUGCAGUGUCCGGUGACGUGAAAGCUGAGGCAAUGGCCAACCUGAAGAAGCUGGUUCGCAACAGGAGGAACGUCGCUUAUGUACCUUUGCCCCAGUUCAAGAGGCUUCCCGACUUCUGGGGAUGGUACAAGUACUUCAUGGACUCCCACAACCAGGAGGGAGUUGAGGACCUGGACCGCCUGUACCUGGCUUACCUGCAGAACAAGCAUAGGUCAGAGGAAGGACCCACCUUCAACCACUACCUCAGCCACCUUAGUGAGAUCUAUAAGUCCUGUGCCAAUUCUGACGACCCGGAGUGCAUCGCCGAGUCUACCAGCAAGCCAAAGGCUGCCGUGGUCAUGCCAGCUCCCAUCAAAUCUGCCGCCGUCAGGCUGUGCAACCCUUACCUGGACCCCUACUGCCUCUUUCCUCUGGUUCCCAAGGCUGCCCUCCCUGAGCCUGAGCCUGAGCCUGAGCCUGCUCCAGCCAAGGUACCAGCCCCUAUCCUCACCCCCCUGCUCCCCAUGCCUCUGAAGAGCCCCACUGGGUACUACUACUACGCUCCUGUCCUGGAGCCCUUCCUGAGCGCUGAUCAGAGGACCGAGCUGCUCAGGAUCUGCAACCCCGAGGAUGUGGAGUGUCUUCAGUACCACCUGAGGGCAGCGUACGGCUACCGCCCGGCCGCCGGUCCACUUCCAUCCUACGCCGCCCUCAAGUGCGACCCCAAGGACCCGUACUGCAUGCCUCUCCUCGUCCAGAAGGCCCCCACCGGCUUCUACCACAUGCUGUACCCCAGCUGCGACCCAGAGGUGGAUCCUCUGUGCGUGACCAGCGUGGCGGCUCCGGCCGCCCUGAGCGCUGACGAGCCUCCCAAAGAGCAGAGCUGCAACCCUCUGUUUGAGGCCGGCUGCAACCCUCUGACGGCCACCAAGCUGUCUGGCCUCACCAAGCCCGUCCUGGAGUACAUGCCCAACGACGCCCCCGCGCCUGCUGCCGCCGCCCCUCUGUCCUGCGACCCCCGCGUCGACCCAUACUGCAUUCUGGCAGCCGCCGCUGCCCUGCGCAAGCCCCGUCCGCCGAUCCCCGAACACCAGGUCCGCUACAAGCUCGGCGUCCCUGGCAAGACCAAGGAGGGCUACGAUUGCUAUGUGCACUAUGACAAAGACUGCACCCCGAUCGAGACUGGCGCCGAAGCCAAGGCUGACAUCAAGGCUCCAGCCAAGCCCUUCUGCCAUCCCUUCGACCCCAACUGCGGAAAGUUUGCUUCACCUCCAAACACCGGGGCCACAAAACCCGUCAAGGACGGCCUCGUACUGCCCGAUCCAGACUGCGACCCCGAGUACGACUACAACUGCCGCCUGCGCCGCGCUGACGUCGCCGCCGAUGAUCCCGCCGCUGCUAAAGACCAGGCAGCCGACGAACCGGCCAAGGAAGCCGCCGCCGCCCCGCGCUUUGAAGAUUUUCUUCGCGGCGUAAUGAGCCAGCACAAAUAGAAAUGCAUCAAAUUCAAAGAAUCAACACAUAUCAGACAAUCAAGCUGACGGAAGUGGACCU